UCGCCAGUACACGACACUCCCUAAAUCCGAAGCUAUCCCGCCACUAAACAGAAAGAACAGCAAGGCAGGCUUUUGGCUUGGUUAUUUGAAUUUACCUGAAAGGAGUAGAUCAGCCGUGGACAUUCUAUUUCGCAUAAGGAUCCUACUUGGUCCAUCAAAUCUUUUUGAGCUGGAACUCACUGAAGAAAAUGUCUGCUUCAGUACUGUCUUCCAUUUACGACUUUGACCUGUUUUACAGGCAGGAGAAAACACAAAGCUCUAAUGCAAUCCACCUCAACAACAUGCUGGACAAGAGAACUAUAGGGAUACCACUCGCAACUUCCAAUACAAACAAUAACAGGUCUAACGCGACCGGCUAUUUCCGGAGCAACUCUGCCAGCCACAUGGACUCCAUCAGUGGUAGCAAGUUCCAGGUCUCUUCGCAAUGUAACAACAGCAAGGAGAAUCCCACACCAGCAUAUAUGAAUAAGGAAAAUAAAUUUCGCAGUCGAGCGUUUAGUGAGACUGGAGAACGUAGCCAGCAACUUCAGGAAAUAUUUCAGCCGAAGCCGGGUUCACAGAUUAAUUCCACUCGUUACAAAACCGAACUCUGUAGGCCAUUUGAAGAAAAUGGCUCAUGUAAAUAUGGGGAAAAAUGUCAGUUUGCCCAUGGAUAUCACGAAUUGAGGAAUCUUUCCCGCCAUCCUAAGUACAAGACCGAGCCAUGCCGCACAUUCCACACUAUUGGUUUCUGCCCUUAUGGCCCCCGCUGUCACUUCAUUCAUAACGUGGACGAACGUAGAGCCGUGACAAACAAUGUAACCCCACAAGGACAAAUGAGACUUAAACGGGAAAUUGGAGUCUUGGCGGAAAAGGAGUCGAAUCCAUUUCUUGCUCAAAGGGAAAGACCAAAGUUGCACCACAGCCUGAGCUUCUCGGGGUUCUCCAGCUCCCACGAGACAGAGGCUGCUAUGACUGAGAGCCCCGUAUCACGUACACCACCACCGCCCACCUGUUCUCUAACUUUUUUCGAGGACGCGCUUACUCCUAGCUCGUGUCUGAGUGCCUUUAGCUUUCCCGAGCAAGAUCUUAAGGCUUUUCUUGCCCCUUUGAUCCCCCAAGCCCAAAGUGCUUUUAACUCUGGUGCCUUGUACAGCAACAUUCAGCCUAGUACCGGUCCCCCAUCGCCUCCGUUCAAAAUGAGCCAUUUACCAUCCAUGCGCCCUUUCUCCGAGUCGCCGGUAUUUGAUUCGCCUCCAAGCCCAUUGGAAUCUCUCUCCGAUCCGGAGAGCUUCGUGAGUGGGUCCUGCUGCUCGUCUGGCACAAUCAGUGGUUCGGAGUCACCAAACCUGGAUUCCAACAGACGUUUGCCAAUCUUCAGCAGGCUGUCGAUUUCAGACGACUGAAUUAUUAUUAUUAUUAUUAUUAUUAUUAUUAUUAUUAUUAUUAUUAUUAUUAUUAUUAUUAUUCUGUUGGGAUUUCAAAGGGUGUGUGGUCAAGGAGGUCACAUUAAUAUUUUGGAUUUUGUUUUUGUUUUUUAAUACCAACAAAUUAACAAGAAGGUGCCUUUAUAUAGAUAUACUCAAGGGCUCUUGUUUGGCCAAUAAAAUAGCUAGGGAAAACUUAUUCCAGCUUCUAUAAAUGUUUCACAGUGCCACGAUGUGGUGUAAGUAAGAAAGAACAGCCAUUGUGAUGGGCCCUCAAGCUGGUGAUGGAAUGUCACUGCAGAUGCGUUUUAAGUGGUAUCAUUGCAUUUUGCAACAUGCUAUGAAAUCUAUUUAACUUAUUUAUUGUCAUGUGAAAAGUAUAGCCUUUGUGGAUAAAUCAAGUCCAUAUGAUAUUUAUCAAGUCUAAAGCAAUACAACUGUAUUCCUUUUUUAAAUUAUGAUCUCCAUUGUUAAUCUGGAAACACUUGUUUUUUUUUUUCCUCACAAUAAUAUAUUUUUUUGUUAUAUUUUGAGUAUUUUGCUGUAAAUAAGUAAAUAAUUUAUAAAUUGUAUACUAUUUAUUUCAGUUUUGUUUACUACAUGUGUUAGAGUGGGAGCAUCUGGUUUUUUGUGAGGGGUGAGGGCAGAGGAUCUCUGGGCAUUUGGUUUGUAUAGAAUGUACUGUCCUUUUAUUGUAUAAUAUAUGAACUAGCAUUUCACAGUUGGAACCAUCACUUGUGUUUUGAGAAUAGCAACAACAUGGACAACCAAAAAGAGAGAGGGGUAAAGAGACAAGAAAAAACCUUUUUGCACAUAGUUGCACUAUUUCAGUCAAGUGCCAGAGAAUGUAGCAGUCCCUUAUCCUGAUGUUAACUUUCUAAUAUACGCCUAUGGUGUAAACAAUCUCACAUAUUGUAGACCAAUCUAAUUAAGCAUUUUGGUUUAGUGCAUAUGUCAAGAAAAUUCAGUUGAAUGUAGCUUUUGUUUAGUUAGAUCAAAAUAUGUUGAUUUUAGACCAUUUUAAAGCUUUUCCCUUCAGUUUUGCUCAUUACUUUAUUAGAUCAUUUUGAACACCAUUCCUUGUAAUAAAAAUAUGUAGGUCUACUGUUUGGCUUUUGACUUUGACAUGUAGAUCUCCAAACUUGCUGGUCGGGGAAUUACUUUGAAAGUAUGUUGUAUAAUAGAGUUAGAUAUCAGUUGGACUACUUAGAUUGGAAGGAAGAACUUUUGAAUGUAAUGAAAAGUCAGCUUCAGUUAUAAGGGAUUGUAUAUGUGGCCUUUGUGUGGGAAAUAAAUUUGUACUUUGAAUAUUUUACAAGGAUAUUCUAAUAAAGAUACAUUUUCGA